CUUCCCCCAGAAUCAUUCUCCGCCAUUGUAAAUUAAACUCGUCGGAGAUGCUAACAUAGUUCCGAUUUUCGAAGAUGGAUUAUCGGAUCGGAGAAAGUUUCGUACCGAAACGUUUGUAUCUCGACACGACCUUUCCGAUUUCCAGCAAUAGCUGCUCUCUCUCCUUCUUCAUAAGGAGUCGUACCAAACAGUUCAGUACGAAGUCGACGGACGAACACUUUUUAGGCAGAAACGCCUACGACGUCUUAGGGAUUCCUGAAACUAGCACCUUCGCAGAAAUCAAGGCUUCUUUCCGUAAAUUGGCCAAAGAAACCCAUCCAGACGUCGCACGAUCCGACGGUGACGAUGCGUCUGCCUCUCGACAGUUCGUCCAAAUUCUUGCAGCGUAUGAGAUUCUUUCGGAUUCUGAGAGAAGGGCCCACUAUGAUCAGUACUUGUUCACGAAGAGGAAGAUCGUCCCAAAGCAACCACGACAGGGUUCAACUUUGUAUAGAUAUGAGUCUCAUGUAACUAAGACAGAGCAGAUGGAAGUAGUGGAAUGGCUAAAAUGGUACAGAUUUGCUAUAAAUGAUAUACUGUCACAGAAAAGGGUCGUGGUUGGCUCAGGCUACUUCGAUAUACUUGAAGAUGAAUUCUAUUCCGCCAUACACGCAGCUUACUAUGGUCCGCUCAUUGAGUCCAUGGAUCUGCUUCCAGAUUGUUUUGAAGCUGAGGAAAGGUCUGCAUACCAAACUCCCGAGGUUCUGCACUUGGUUUCAGGACGUGAUCUUUUUGGAAUUGUUAAUGUAGUAGACAAGAUUCCGGAGAUAUCUCAUGUUUGCUCUGAAAAAAUAAAUCCUUUCAUUUCCAUAGUUUCUGAGAUGUCUCAGCAUGUCCAGCCUGUAAGCAUUACCACGAAAUCUAGAGAUUUAGAAAAUGAUGAAGUUGAGCAUAUGGAAAUCAGAAACUGUAGAGACCAUGCAUCAGAUGUUUAUAAAGAUUUGGAGCUGCAUAUUUCUGGUGAAUUAGUUGCUGUAGCAACCAGGAUUCCUCCUAAAAGCUUUGCUAGUGGGACUCAAAAUCAAGAUUCUCAAGAUCACAUUCAUGUUUUCCUCAAUUCUAAUGUAGAUGAAAUGUGUGUGAGGAAAACAUCUUCCUCAAUUUCAAGUUCAAGCAGUUCAGUUGGAUCAAGGAUUCUAUUGGGGACGAUAUCUGGACUAGGAACCAACUCAGAAGAUGGAUCCUGCUUUGUCUACAAUAACAGUGGUACAAAAACUCAUGCGAUUAUGAAGCAUAGAACAUUGAUGGCGAAGGCAAACAACAGGAGUAGCAUAGUGAAGCACAUGCAUUGGUACCAAGUUGGAGAUGAAGUUUCAGCUUGUGAAUGCAGAUGCAGCAGAGCCAGGUUACCACCCAGCAAAUUUUGGCUGUUUGAGCCUCGUUGUUGCAUGCAUGACAUUGGUGGUUGGUAUGUCGAAACAUUCGGCCGAGAAAAGAAAGGCAAAACAGUCCCAUCCCAAAGGGAAUGGGGUGUCUUCAGUUCAAUGGAACCCGAGAAGAGACUCCACCCUGCGAUGUAUUUGCUGGCUCUUGCAUAUAGAACUCUAGAUAUCGAAGAUGCAAAAAGAAGUAAACGGACGUUUAGGAAUAUUCUCGAACCAAAACUGUUUAGUGUUCUCCACUGGUGCAAAAAGCUUGUUUGACCUGGAAUAGGAUGCCUAUAGGGUCACCGGGAAGAAGAGAUCUUUUUCCUUUUGGGGUAAAACAUAUUCUUCUGAUUUUAUAUUGGGAAGAGUAUUGCACCAGUUCCCUUCUCUGGUGUGCUGUGCUCAAAUUGGAUGCAUGGCAUGAUGGUACAGUAUGUGAACUGUUCAUUGGGUGGUUUCGACUGGAUCAAUCAGUGUAGAGAAAUUCACAGACUGGAAGAUCUCAAAGGUUGGAUUGACAGCCUACAGAUGGACAGCAGGAAAGAAUGUUGGCAAUGCAUGUGAAAAAGGCCAUCGAUUGGACAGGUAGGAUCAUCCAAUCUUGAUUGAUUUUUGGACAGUGGUCCAUUGACGGUGGCGGAACCUGCACAAUGAAGAGUCCAAAUCAUAGAUGGUUGUUCCGUGCAUCCAGGUUGGGUGUAGUUCACCAGAUCGGGAAAUUGGUGUGCUAUGGCACAGCUAGAGUACCACAGUCAUUGUUGAAAAGGUAAGCUAUCAAGAACAACAAAGAUGGAAUGCAACUAAAAUGGCCCAUCUAGCAAGCUCUUAUGAUUUCUAUCAUACGUUCACCUCCCAAAGGAUACAUGGUAGAUGACUCCUGGUAUAAUAUUACAGAAGAUAGCCUCCAGCAAAGCUAGCUAUGUGCAAUUUCUACAGAAUUUGAAGGAUUAUUACAGUGCAAUGGUGUUGAUUCUUGGUUUUCUGGAU